CUCAGGCUUUCCAGAGACCAAGCCAUCGUCAUAUACUACGUACACAACCAAGUAUUGCCUUACUACCCAGCACCUCCACCGAUCGCGCCCACGCACCACGCACCCGCAUCACACGAGGUCAUGGCCGACAACGCAGAGGGCACCGCCGAUGCCCAGGUCACCUUCAAGGUGAAGACAGGCCAGGACAGCAAUCACACCAUCACCAUGUCUGAGUCUGCCUCCGUACUCGAUCUCAAGACCAAAUUGGCCGGCGAGGACUUCGAGAAUGUUCCCGUCGAGCGCCAGCGUCUUAUCUACUCUGGUCGCGUAAUGAAGAACGACGACACACUCGCCACCUACAAGAUCAAGCCCAAUAACACCAUUCACAUGGUCAAAAGCGCAGCCAGCAACCCAGCUCCUCAGCCCGCAGCUUCAGCCUCCACACCUACCGCACCCGCCGUGCCUUCCAACAUGGCCGCUGGCACUGCGAACAACAUCCUCGCUGGCCUCACCGGAGCCAGAUACGCCGGACACAUCAACUUGCCCAGUCGCGAGACAUUUGGAGCUGACGGAGGAAUGGGUGCCCCGCCAUCCGACGACCAGUUGGCCCAGAUGCUAUCCGAUCCCUCCAUGCUCCAGACCAUGAACGCCGCCCUCGACAACCCCGACUUCAUCAACUACAUGAUACAGAGCAACCCACACCUUCGCAAUGUCCCCAACGCGCGAGAGAUUAUCCAGUCACCCUUCAUGCGCCAGAUGAUGACCAACCCAGACAUGCUUCGCAAUGUCAUGAGAAUGCAGCGCAACGAUAUGGGCUUUUUUGACUUUGAUAGGAACGUAGCCGCUCUCCGUCGCAGCGGUGGCAGCGUGCAAGGCGCUAUUGAGCAUCUCCUGAGUGGUUGAUUACGACUUGAAGUGCAUGAUAAGGGAGAGAGAGAAGGGGAGAGCAGGAGAGUAGCAAGAAGCGUCUCAGGAGGACGUAUGACUUAAUGGCCUGUGGACAGGAUACGGAGGGAAGUACAUACCAUACCUAGUUGCCACGCACUUUGGUUCUGGCAGUUUCCGAGGCGAUAGGGAAAUUGACCAGACAUGAUGUUUAUGAAAGUUCAGAACCCAAUUUUUCAGAGCUUCUUGUGACAAAAGAACCCGUGUGAAGUCUUGCCAUUGAUAAAACCAGAAG